UCACCUCUCCUUCCAAAGAUUGAAUCAUAAAGUUUCAAUAAUUUCCAUGGAGGGAGCAUUUAAUGAUCGGCAAGGAGACAAGUAUAGAUCUCAUUUAUAUGGAGACGGAGAGAAAGAGACUCAGUGGAGGUUUGGUUCUCCUCCCAAGUAUGAUGUUGUAAACAAGCUCUUUGAGCAAGGAAGAACCAAGGAAUGGCCCAAGGGGUCAUUAGAGGAGACAGUGCAGAAUGCCAUAAAGACAUGGGAGAUGGAACUCUCUCACAAGACCCGCAUUCAGGACUUCAAGACUAUCAACCCAGAAAAAUUCCGUUUUCUCAUUAAUGGAAGAAAGGGGUUAUCAGGAGAGGAGACCCUGAAGCUAGGGAGUUAUAACGCGUUACUACAAAGCUCGCUGCCGGAAGAGCUACAGUGCUACAUGGCAGACAAGGAGACAUUUGAGACAUCGCACGAUGUUUUCCACACGGCAUUCCCCCGAGGGUUCGCGUGGGAGGUGCUAAGGGUGUACACAAGGCCGCCGGAGAUUGCCUUCAAGUUCCGGCACUGGGGGUUCAUGGAAGGGCCUUACAAAGGCCAUGCACCUACCGGAGAGAUGGUUGAGUUCACCGGUCUUGCUGUUAUGAAGGUACGUAAGGUACUACUAUACACUCAUUGUGGGUUUCAAUAAACAAUGGUCUGUGUAUUUUGGGCUUAAGAAUGA